AUGACUGCCAAUCCCAAACCACAGCCCAUUCUACCGCGCCAAUACUGGGGACGUCUCACGAUGGACCAGUGUAGCGCCAGAGCCGACCUGGUGAACCUUCUGGGGUUAAUCGAGUGGUAUGAGCGGUCAGGCAUGGAUGCGAUUGAGUCCGGCGCAGCAUACCUGGGACUCACGUGGUGCGCCAAUAGCCUAGGACUGGCGGACUCAAAUGGCCGAGUAGACCAUCCGCCACCCAAAGGUGACUAUCAUCACGGCCUUUGCGCCAUUGUCAGAGACCUUGUGAACAGGCACGGGACGGGAACAGUCUGUGGGACGGACAGCCAGAGCUCCGCCGUCAGCAAACCCCACAGCGCAGCCAAUCACCGGCCUCCAUUCAUCAACACAGGGACAAGGGUGGCUCAGGCGCCGUGA